CAAUCGCAUAACUGUACAAUUGCUUAGUGCUUAAUAUCUUUUUGCUAUACUAGUCCAAUCACUUUAAUCAACGCCGCGCACAGCGAAGGCACGCGUCACGCACAGCAUCAGCGGCACUAGCCGGGGUCAACGUGGAAUGACAGUGCCCAGCCUACUGGAACUCUGCAUUGAGGCCGCGUCUCAAACACGCCACUGGACUGUGCAGCGCCGUAACUUAGAGCGGCUACCCGACCACGCCGCUAACGACCUCCUCGCGCGCCUCAUUGCCCGCCAGUCCGGCCACCACACCGGCGGCACCACCACGGCCCGCAGCGGCAGCAGCAGCGAUAGUACUGCCCUCCUCCGUAAGAAGAGCAGCACCAACCUAGCUAGGAGCAACCUAGCCAGGAGCAGCAGCAGCGGUGCCAAUCAUGCCAGCGUGCACGCCAGCGGUGGCAGCGCUGGUGGUGGUGGCGGUGGAGGUGUCGGUGCGUUGCGGCCCGCCACUCUGGAGCUGUUCCGUCACGCUGUGACGCGAGUGGAGCUGCGGGGGCCCAGCUGGGGGCCGGAGUGGCUGGCGGUGCUAGCGGGCUUCAGCCACCUGCAUGAGCUGCGUCUCGCGAGCUGCAGCCGCAUCACAUCCGCCGCAAUUGCCCAGUUGGCUGGGGGAGGAGGUGGAGGGGCAGCAACAGCAACAACAGCGGCGGCAGCGGCGCCACCACCACCACAGCAGCAGCAGCAGACAACCGUUGCGUCCCCCGCCUCCGCCGCCUCCUCCUGGCGCCGCAGCGGCAGGCUCCCCCCUUCCACACCCGCCCUCGCCGCCUCCGCCUCAUCCCGACAGCCGUCCCAAUCACCCACUGCCGUCAUCUCCACCUCUCCUCUCUUCCACGGCUCCCGCUCUCCUCCUGCGGCCGCCCCUCCCGCUCCCACCGUUCCUCUCAUCCCUACCACUCCUGCCCCCGCUGCUGCUGCCCCCGCGCUGUCCCCCGCCGCUGCCUCACUGUGCCAUCUGGACCUGGGCGGCUGCGGGCGGGUGGGGGAUGCGGCACUCGGGGCGGUGGGGCGCAUGGGGCAGCUGAUGUCGCUCAGCAUCACAGAGACGGGUGUGGGCGGUGAGGGGCUGGCGGCUCUGACUGGCCUCUCCCGCCUCACGAGGCUGGAGGCGGGCGGCAUCCAGUCCGCGGGUAAUGCGGCCUGGUGCGGCCUGCUGCCGCACUUGCCCCGCCUGCGCCACCUGGACAUAUGGGGCAGCAACGCGGGAGCGGCCGACGCCUUUUCCUCCUCCUCCUCCGCCGCCAGCAACAACAGUACAAAGCAUGGCAUUGUCAGCAGUAGCAGCAGCAGCGGUGGUAGCGGUAGCGGUACGGAGCAGUUCCUGCUGCUGCUGGCGACGUGUCUUCCGCAGCUGGAGCAGUUGGGGCUGGCGUGGACGCAGUUGCGCGCGCUACCGGCUCUUCCGCAGCUCAAGGUACUAGACAUGCGGCACUGUCAGCUGCGGGAGGUGUGGUGGCCCACGGGUCGGCCGGGCGGCCCGCUGGCGCUGCGGCAGCUGCUGCUGGCUGGGGUGGAGCUGGGCGGCGGUGCGGUGGUGGCGGGAGAGACGUCCGAGUGGGGCCUGGCGGGAGUCAUCAGGCACGCCGCCCCCUCCCUGGAGCUGCUGAACCUGGCUGACAUGAGCUGCGCCGAGCAGCCUGCCUGGGGCCCACCGCUGGCGGCACUGGGGACAGCAGCAGGGGCAAGGGAGGUGGAGAGGGCGGUCGCCAGUACGGGAGCUCCCAGCUUGACUCAUUUGGACAUCAGUCGUACGGCGGUACGACCUGAAGAUCUAUCGUAUCUUCAGUCUGCCCCAUCGCUGCGGCGUCUGGUGGCCAGCGGCACCCGCUGCGGCUGCCCGGCGGGGGCGGCGGAGCUGGCUGCAGCUGGGCUAGCGGAGCUGCAGGACUUGGACUUGUCGCGCAGCGGCGUGAUAGAUGAAAGCGUUUCCUGGCUCCAACAGCUAACGGCCUUAACCAACCUCAACCUCGCGCAUAACGACCAACUAACCAUGGCGCCGCCCCGGCGGCCGGCACCCCGGCUGGAACAGCCGCAGGAGCAGCAGCAGCAGCAGCAGCAGCAGCAGGCGCCCCAGCACCUGGUAGCCUUCGACCCAUGGGCCCCGGAUGUCCCUGACCGACCGGGUGCUGCGGGUGAGGCCGGCAACCGGAGCCGUGCCAGCAGCGGCAGCAGCGGCAGCAGCAGCGAUGACGAGGCUUCCGCUGGCAGCGGCAGCAGCAGCAGUUGGCCUGGAGGGCUACGAAGACUGAACCUGUUA